AAUUCUUUCUUUCAUUUUUUUUUUCUUGUGAGAGAGAGGAGGAAGAUGAGAGAGAUGGACAGCGUUUUCUCAGUGGAUGACAUAUCUGAUGGAUUCUGGUCGACCCACGCGCCUCCAGUUUUCCUUCACGACGAUGAUGACGCACAUCACCCGACUUCCUCCUCCGCCGCCGGGAUGAAUCGCAGCCCAUCGGAAUGGGCACUCCAGCGCUUCCUUCAGGAGGCCACCUCACCCGAUCACAGCAUCACCACCGCCUUCCCCACCGAUGACGUCGUUAAGACCAAAGCCAACCAUCACCAUCGAAUUGAUAAUCAUCUGCCGCAGCCGGCGCCGGCGGAAGCGCCCCUGAAUCUUCGGAUCGAUUCACAGGAGUACCAGGCACUCCUCAAAAGCCGCCUCGAUUUGGCUUGUGCCGCCGUCGCUUUGACUUGGGAAACUAAUGGCAAGGCUACGGGAUCUAAUGCAUCGGCUCCGGCUGUGGCUGACCUUGGAUCUCAGGUUUCCAAUUCGUCUUCUUCUAAAGCAAGCGGAAAGGAUUCAUCAAAGACACAAGUUGAGAAUUUUAGUGAAACGGUUGGUGUACCACCUCUUCUUUCAAGCUCAACCAAAUCUGUUGCUCAAGUGAGAUCCACCUCAAGCGGUUCUUCUGGGGACCAAUCUGAUGACGAUGAAGGAGAAACUGAGGCUAGUCAGAAUAUGGACCCUGCUGACGCUAAACGCAUGAGAAGAAUGAUUUCAAAUAGAGAAUCAGCUCGCCGCUCUAGAAGGAGGAAGCAGGCCCAUAUGUCUGAGCGUGAGACACAGGUCUCUCAAUUAAGAGUUGAAAAUGCCACAUUACUCAAGCGCUUUACAGACAUAAAUCAGAAAUACAAUGAAUCAGCUGUUGACAAUAGAGUUUUGAAGGCUGACGUUGAAACCCUGAGAGCUAAGGUGAAAAUGGCAGAAGAAAGUGUGAAAAGAGUAACUGGUUUGAACUCAAUAUUCCACGCUAUGUCUGAAAUAUCCACGACAGGCAUGCAAUCCUUUGCUCGUAGUCCUUCUAAAACAUCAGCAGGUGCUGCUGUACCAAUACAAGAUCAGCGUUACUAUCAGUCACCUUCUCAUAAUCACUUAACUAACCUUGGAAUUCAAAAUGAUUUGGUCGAUAUUCCACCAGUGGAGAAUGUACCAUCAAACACAACUGCCGCCAAUGGGGGUAACAAGAUAGGAAGAGGUGUCCCUGUGCAGAGACAUACUAGCUUGGAACAUAUGCAGAACCACAGCCGCGAAGGAACGGGUUCUUCUGGCACUCGCGGGGCUGGAGAACUGUAACGCUUCACCGAAAGAUCGUGAUAGGGAUGUUGUCUGCAAAGCUGGUCCUUACCUAUGUAAGACACUGUUGUUUCAUUGUACGAAAGAUGACUGAUUAUUGCCUGCAUUUUUAUGUGUGAAAGUUGCUGGUGCAAUUGGUUAAAAAUUCUAAGUUUCUAAAUAAUAAAGUCUAUUUCAUGUGA